CUGCUAAGCUUUGGUGGGCAAAAUUAAUUGUGCUGGUGGGAGUUAGCAACCUGUGCUUAGGGGCGGAUGGAGCUUUGAAAUAACUGGGUUCCUAUGAACCCAAUACUUCUAUGAGUAACAAUUCUUCAAAAUUGCAAUGAAUAGUAGAUAUGAACCUAUAAUCUUUGAAAUAUAAUGAGUUCAAUGCUAAGAACCUUAAAGAGUGAACCCAUAAAGCUUAAUCUUGGAUCCGUAGUAACUGGUAGAAUAGUUUAGGUACACGAAAGCUGGACUAGACACCUACCUUAUCACAAAAAGAAAAGUUUAUGGGAAUUGUUGGACAUAAACUUAAAUUGAAAAAUAAAAGGUUUGUGAAGUUGAAUAUUUGUUAGUAGAAGUUGAAGAUUCGAAAAGCUUCACUUGAAAUGCACAUUCUUACCGACCUUUCACUGGUUCACUUGAAGUUCCCCAAAUGACACGACCAAACGAGUAUUUGCUAAUAUUGGAAUAAUUCUUCAUGGCCAGGGAAACAACUUAUCUUGCAAAUAAGGAGGUCUCUAAAACUCUCACACAUGCCUACACGACGUCUUACACGUCCUUAACUUGCUUAAAAGGAUUUCUAACAAAUAUCAAACCUAAUGCUGCUAUUAAUUGUAUUUUGCCUAAGGCAUGGAAGGGCAUCAAUUAUGGAGGCUUGGAGCGAUUAGUAAUGUUUGUUGACCUGGAUUGUCGUUUUGAUGUGUUAGGCCUUUCACAAUCACUGAAGCAGCGGAUCAUUAAAGCAAAUGGCCAUGACGUAGUCCACAAGCUAAAUAAAGUGGAUGAUUCUCUUGAUGUGCACUCAGAAUAUGACCAAGAAUUGUUCGCAGUCAGCAUGAGAAGGUUCUUGUACAUACGCUGUUAUGAUAGUUCUGAAUUUCUUGCCACUCUUAAGACGAUGCAUUUCCAACUUCAAAAGGAAAAAGAGGCACAUGGUACUGGUGUUUAUUUGCUUAUGAUUGACAGUAUUGGAGCUUUUUAUUGGAUGGAUCGUGCUUCACCAUCUAUACCACCAGGGAGCAUUAACAGGAAAAGUCUGUCCCUGCAAAGCGUGUCAGAGAGUGUUGUUCAAGAGAUCCAGAGGAUUCUUUUGGUGCAUCCGAUGCUUGUUCUAACUACGAAAGCAACAAGUUUACAGGAUAAAUAUACAACACGUGAAGUUAGGAAUAUAGGACAGUUGUCUGUUGAGGGUACCUUGGACUCGAAGACCAUCAGAAGUAGUGCUAGUGUUCAACUGUAUCGGGAGUAUAUGCCUUCUGUGUGGCAGUCCUUUGUUUCUCACAGAAUACUUGUGCGUCCUUCAGAUGAUAGUAGCAAAUAUCAAAAGCAGCCCAUCUAUUUGUCGGAAUGGCUGUUGCCAUCCCUGAAGAUAUCAGACAAAUUCACAUUCAAUGAUGAUGGUGCAUACAUCAUAUCAUGAAGACAUGUUUUUGGACUGGCUUUUGACAUACUGAUUAGGUCAGGCAAUUAAUUGAAGCCCAAGAUGAAUUUCCUAAUGUCACCAGUUCAUCUGCCAGUGGUAUCAACUCUUCUUCCUCGGACCAUCAUUGGUUGUUUGCUUGGGCAAAAGUUGAUUAAUAACCAUGGAUGACCCUAAGUUAGCUAAAGGUUGAAGAGUUUUUCUGCCUAUGAAGAUUUUGGAUAGAUAAAAUUCCUGGCAGAAGAAAUUGCGAGUGUCCUCAAUAUGGUUCUGGCGACUGAGAGACGAUGAUGUCCAUCUUCUUUAACAUCAAGCCAAUAUGAAUGACAACCAAAGCAAGAAAGAAAAGGAGAAGAGCAGAUGUCAAAAGUUUUCCAGUAUUUGUGGAUUUUUCACAUAUACUCUGAGAUUAACACAAAUGAGGUGAACAGUGAAGCAGAUAAAACUUCUAAGUACAAGCAGGCAAGCAGCACAAUUGGUAAUUUCAGUAGCAGAUGAGCUGAAAUUGGCGAUAAAAGUUGGCUGCAUUUUUUUUUCUUCAGUUGGCGAUCGUUUGUGUUGCUGCUGUGAUAAUUGCUGGGAUGAUAGCUAGGAAUAAGAAGUAAACCUCGUUUGGAGUUCGUAGAAUAUAUAUUGUGUUUAGAUAAAUUAAUGACAUGACUUUUGCACAAGAGCUGUUGGAAACCUUGUUCUGGAGUUCUAUUUUCUUUCGUUUGGGAGGUCUUAGAAUGUAUGUUAUGUUCGAAAAUAAUUUGAAUGACUUCCAGAAGAGCUGUUGAGCAUGGAAAUGGCAUUUGGAAGUAAAGAGGUCUGUAUUUAAGCAUCUUUUAUUAGUUCCCAGAACAUUUUACAAGUUCA